AUGCUGGCCCUGGUCUCAGGUGCCCAGAGUCCGGCCCGGGGUCCCCUCCAGCUGACCGUGGUGCUGUUCUCUCCCCGUAGGGUGUUUUUCCUGAAUGUGCCAUUCGAUUCUGUCAUUGAGCGGCUGACCCUGAGGAGAAUCGAUCCUGUCACGGGAGAAAGGUACCACCUCAUGUACAAGCCCCCUCCAACCAUGGAAAUCAAGGGCCGCCUCCUGCAGAACCCAAAGGAUACUGAAGAGCAAGUCAAGCUCAAAAUGGAUCUGUUCUACAGGAAUUCCUUGGAGCUGGAGGAGUUCUAUAAGCACGCCAUCAUCCUCAACGCGGACCAGGACCCAUACACAGUGUUUGAAUACAUAGAGAGUGGGAUCAUUAAUCCUCUGCCCAAGAAAGUUCCCUGAUGGGCUCUGAGCAAGGAGCAUCCUGCAGGGAAACAAAGUUAAUGCCCUCCCCAACCUCCUGGAACCUCAGCCGAGCCAAUAAAGAGUGCUGGGUGCAGUCUUAUAUGUCCUCAA